AUGGACCUGCCAACCACAAGUCGACGCUACCAAGCUGCGAUCGCUGCAGCCCGGUUUGCGGAUCAAAGACUCGAGAGCAGGACGCGUAGCGACUACAGCAGCAGUCUCCGACGAUUCUCAGCGUUCUGCAAAAGUGAUGGCUACCCAGACCCACUGAAGAAACGAUUUGUGGAGCUGCCCGGUGUGGUGGCCGCGUACAUCAACUUACUCGAAACCUCCAACUCAACUCAAUGGCCCGCUGAAAAGCUUCGCGCUGCGCUUAGCUGGCACUACACGAAACGUGAGAUGCUAGCCGGUGGCCACCCACACGAUCGUUGGGUUGUUGAGACUUCUCCGGACGGCACCCCAGCACCUCGAGGCAACCCGACACGGUCAGCAGCCAUCACGCGGAUUCUCGCCGGUCUCAGCAAAUCCAAGAAGCGCGAGCGGACUCCAAAGCGUGCGUCCCCGAUGUCCCUGUUGAUGCUGACGAAGGCCAUUACAUUCUUGGAGUCGAAUUCGAUGUUCAACGAAACCAUGCGGCUGUGGUUUUCUGCGGUUUGUUCUCUUAGCUUCUAUGGUAUCUUGGUCUCAAGCGCAAAUCGCGCGUUAAUGACAGCGACAUCGAGUUUGGCUGUUUCACUAUUCGUGACCGGAAGACAGAUCAUGAUCCCCUCGCAAGUCGAACCUACUCACUCCAUCAUCUCACGAAGGAAGAACGGGCAGCUGAAGCAUUGA